AUGUCGCCCAUUACCCCGGAAUCUAUAAUAGCCUCCGCAUUGGCCUCGAAAUCCUAUCUACAAUCACUUAUCAAGCGCAUCGAUAUUCCCAUUAAUAGCGCGACCACAGAGGAGCAACUCGCCACAUCGCAGUUAGAUCCGUUCUCGCAGGCCUCCAAGUAUGCACUAGGCUGGGUUUACUUUUCCAUUUCCUUAUUCGUCUUGACUUUUUUCCUCCGUCUAUACCAAAUUUGGGGAGAUAAGAUUAGAGCUGCAUUGCGAAAGGAAGAAUUGUUUAGCCCUGGUCAAACACUCUCGCCUCAGUCCGAUUACGAAUUGGUUACGCCCAGCCCAGCGAACUCCCAUCGAGCUUUUUUUCCUGCCACAGGGCCCCUCGUUGAACCUCCAAAGCGUUGGGUAAAUAAUUCGAUUGCCUUCUCGAGAUGGAUAUUUUACCGCCCUUUGCCGGUGAUAAAGCUUGGAAAACUAGAGGUUGUUCCGCCAUCAUUGGCAGCCGCCGUUCUUGUUCUGCUUGCCUUUGCCUUUGUGACACUCUACUGCUUCCUCCCACAGCCUUUAUACUACCCUCACAUCACCGAUGGCUCCCCUCCUCUCGCAAUAAGAGCUGGUAUGCUUGCCGUUGCGACUCUUCCAUGGAUUAUUGCGCUGAGCACAAAACCUAAUCUUAUAAGCAUGUUUACUGGGAUUGGCCACGAGCGUUUAAAUGUCCUCCACCGAUGGGCUGGUUAUCUCUGCCUUUUCUUAGCCCUAUUGCACAUGGUCCCAUUUUAUAUCACUCCAGUCUGGGAGGAUGGAGCCCUCCCGCUGUUUUCCCUAUUCAUUGGAGGCGAUUACUACAUCUAUGGCUCGGGCCUGGCUGCUCUUGUACCACUUGUCGUACUUUGUGUUCAUUCUCUACCAGUCUUGCGCAACCGCAUGUAUGAACUCUUCGUUACCUUGCACGCACCAAUUUCGAUGAUAUUUAUUGCAAUGAUGUUCUGGCAUUGCAACAACUUCCUCACAUCCUGGCACUACCUGAUUUCUACUCUUGCACUCUGGGGUGUUUCCUAUCUUGCUAGAGUUUUCUACCUAAACUGGAUGAAUCCAUUCCGUCUUUCAUUUCUUAUCGGAGAGGAAUCUGCCGUUACCAUCCUACCGGAAAAUGCCGUCAAGGUGACUAUACCUACACAAAUGAAGUGGAGGCCUGGCCAAUACGUGUACCUUCGCAUGCCAGGAAUAUCCAUGCUUCAGAAUCACCCUUUCACCAUUGCCUCUCUAUGCAGUGAUGAUUUUCCGUCAAGCUAUGGGUCAAAAUACCGUGAUAUGACCCUUGUGUUUCGUCCUUUUGGCGGGUUUACCCGAAGAGUCCUUGAAACAGCCCUAGAGAAAGGACCCUACAAAACUUACAGAGCUUUCAUCGAUGGCCCCUACGGUGGCGUUCGCAGAGAGCUCUCUUCCUUUGACGACGUCGUGUUUUUUGCUGGUGGGAGCGGGAUAACCGCAAUUGCAAGCCAGCUGCUUGAUCUAAUCAAAAGAAUGCGCGAUGGAAAAGCUCGGACCAGGACUGUGAAAGUAGUAUGGGCACUCAAGCGACCAGAUACCAUGGAGUGGUUCAAGGAGGAACUGCGCAUUUGCCGAGAAUGUGCACCGCCUAAUUCCAUGGUUUGCAAUUUCUACUUGACCGGCGCAAAAAGAUAUGAUAAAAAUGCCGAAGCAACUUCCUACUCGCGACCACAAAGUGGCAUCUUCCACGAUAAACUCAACGAUGCCUUCCAGGGGGUUGCUAGCAAGAGAAAUUCGGCAUAUAUUCGAGAGGAAGCCGGUGGCGACGAAGACAAGGAGAGGGAGCUGCGGCGGGAGAACGAGGAUAGCAUAUCCGCACUACCAAAUGCACAUAUGGCCGUCCGCCCGCGAAUACAGACGGGACAUAUUAACCCGUAUUUCCCUGAAACGCCUACCUCUAUGAUAUCUUCACCUGAAGAUAAUAAUGACAGCCUCAACUUUGGCUUCCCUACUACUCCAACCAUGUUACAAAAGAAUCUCAUGCGUUUUGCCUUUUUCCCCAGGCAGAAAAGGGAUGGCUGGAGAACAGAAUAUGGUCGCCCGGAUAUACCGUUUAUGCUGAAACAAUUCUCCAAGGACUUCGGUCGACGGACCUGUGUUUUCGUGUGCGGGCCACCGAGCAUGCGGGUUGACGUUGCAAAUACUGUUGCUGGGCUACAGACUACCGUUAUGAAUGACCCAAAUAAAGAUGAGUUGUUCUUGCAUACGGAAAACUAUGCAAUCUAA